AUGAAAGUCAUUGAUUCUUACAUGUAUAAACCUUUGGAAGCUGUUAAAGUGCGUACGGCAGAUAUGGUGUUUCCGGAUCUGAUGCUUCAGACAGAGGAAGAUCCAAAAGUACAGAUGUUUGAUUUUGGGAAUAGUGAUCAGUUUGGUCCAGUUGGAUUUUCCACUCCUCCAUCAGCAGAUGAAGCUGUAAGAUUCAACAGCGUGACAAGAUUCAUGAAGGAUCAGCACGCUAGCAAACCAAAGAAAUUGGGAGCCAUGGGAACCUUUUGUACUCGGUUCAUUUCUGGAUUUGGUAACACAACUUAUGUGGACGGAAGGAUCUAA